AUGUGGCUAGCACGGGACCUGAGGCUGCGGCGAUGCUGGCAACGAGGCUUCGUACCGGCCGCCCUGCUCAUGCGCGUGCAUCCGCAGCAAGUUCCCGAGGGGACCACCCUGGAUGAGUACGCCGUGGUGGCCAGGACGCCUGCCACCCUGGCAGAGCUGGGCGAGGGCGCCUGCCCCGUCUGCCUGGGCAAGUACCUCCGCACCGACGCCAGCCUGGUGCUGGGGUGCAGGCACUCCCUGUGCACGGCCUGCCUGCACAGGAUCCUGCUCACGCAGCGGCUGGAGGCGCGGUGCCCCCUGUGCCGCCACGCCCUUGUCGAGCGAGGCCAUGCGGCCGGGGUCGCGACGGGAGGCAAGCCCGGCCAUGCGGGAGCCAAGGGCGGGGAGGCGGCGACCACGCAGCUGACCGUUGUGCCACCGGCGUAG